CGCGUUCUUCGGGCCAAUCACUUAGACCCCAAGCAACCUCCCUUUGCGUUUUUCUUAAAACAUGUAAAGACCGACCAAAUACGGUAAAUAUAUAUAAAAAGAACCUCAACAGAUCUACAUUUAUUAUGACAAUCAUUUAAAUCCAUUUCACUUGGAUCCACAGUCAUCUUUAUUGGUCACAAACUUCUAAACUUUAAGAUUGUAUCACGACUUUAAACUCCAAAUUAUUAGAUAGAUCAUAGAUGCAAGAAAAUCAUAAAACAAAUUCAGAUUUGUUAUUACAAUUUCAAAUUAACGUGUACUAUUGAACGUCUUCUUCUUUUUCUCUGUUUUAUUCUUGUUACUACAGAAAACGAAAACAAAAACAAAUAUAUAAUAUCAAUUUCUUCACUCUGAAGGUUAUUAAUUCCUCCAACUGUUAUCGCAAGUUUCUCUUCGAUUUUACGCAUUUCCCGCAAAGCACAGAACAAUCCUGGAAGAUCAUUCAGAUCUUCAUUUUCUUCUUCUUCUUCUUCUAGAGGCUGCCAAAACCAGAGUAAACAACCAAAAUGAGUAAUCAUUGGAAACCGAGCACCACCACCGUCAUCUUCCUCUGCAUCACCAUCUCCUCCUUAUCUUUCUUCUCCAGCAACGUCUCAGCCUUGGGAGUAAACUGGGGAACAAUGGCGACCCACCAGCUCCCUCCAAAGACAGUAGUACAGAUGUUAAAAGACAACAACGUACAAAAAGUAAAGCUUUUCGACGCAGACACAAACACCAUGGUCGCUCUUGCCGGCUCCGGCAUCGAAGUAAUGGUUGCAAUCCCUAACGACCAGCUCAAAGCCAUGGGAAGCUAUAACAGAGCUAAAGACUGGGUCCGAAGAAACAUCACUCGUUUCAACGACGACAUCAAAAUCAAGUACGUUGCCGUAGGGAACGAACCCUUCUUAACAUCUUACAACGGAUCAUUCAUAAACCUAACGUAUCCAGCACUCUUCAACAUCCAAAAAGCACUAAACGAAGCAGGAGUCGGAGACUUCAUCAAAGCCACCGUACCUUCAAACGCCGACGUCUACAGCUCUCCCCCGGAGAAUCCCGUCCCAUCCGCGGGGAGAUUCCGACAAGACAUCUACGAAGAGAUGAGACUCAUAGUGAACUUCUUAGCUCACAACAAAGCUCCCUUCACCGUCAACAUCUACCCUUUCCUUAGCCUCUACCUAAGCAGCGACUUCCCUUUCGACUACGCCUUCUUCAACGGCCAAAACACCGUCAACGAUAACGGCAACGGCGUCGUCUACACUAACGUCUUCGACGCCAACUUCGACACGCUCUUGGCUUCACUCAAAGAGCUAGGACACGGAGACAUGACUGUUAUAGUAGGAGAAGUUGGUUGGCCAACGGACGGCGACAAGAACGCUAACAUCCCAAACGCGGAACGCUUCUACGCGGGCCUUCUCCCGAAGCUAGCUGCGAACAGAGGAACACCUAUGCGUCCCGGCUACAUCGAAGUGUAUCUCUUCGGAUUCAUCGACGAGGACGCGAAGAGUAUAGCUCCUGGGAACUUCGAGCGUCACUGGGGUAUAUUCAAGUACGAUGGCCAGCCGAAGUUUCCAGCAGAUUUAUCAGGGGAAGGUGAGAAGAAGGCCUUGACAGGAGCUCAGAAUGUUCAGUACUUGCAGAAUCAGUGGUGUAUGUUGAAUCCUAACGCGAUCAGUUUCAGCAACAGUACUAACCAGCUUGGAGAUAACGUGAACUACGCGUGUACUUUCUCUGACUGUACUGCGUUGGGGUAUGGUUCCUCUUGUGGGAAUCUUGAUGAGGUUGGGAACGCUUCGUAUGCGUUUAAUAUGUAUUUUCAGGUGCAGAAUCAGAAGGCGGAGGCUUGUGACUUUGAAGGGCUUGCGAUGAUUACUACUAAGAAUAUUUCGAGAGAUCAGUGUAAUUUCCCUAUACAGAUUGGUGAUCCAACGUCAGGGCAUUGUAUGUAUAGUGGUUCUAGUGUCCGGUUCGGUCUGGUUAGUAUGUUACUGCUCUUUAUGGCACUAUGAGCUCCUGUUUGUACUACUAUACUGCUGAUUCUUGAGUGACCAUUAUAUAUACAUAUCAAACUUCUUCAGGAGAUUGUAAUACCAUAUAGGCAUAUAUGAUACAGAUCAAUUGUUUAAGGGUUUUUAUGAUUUUGUUAUAUAUAUAUAUUUUAGACUUAUUGUUUUAUUUAGUUUUAUAAUUUGGUAAAUAAAAUUAAGAGUCUUAUCUUUGUUUCUUGUUUUGAUUGAUCUAUAGAGAUGUCAACGAGUUCAAGAAUGCUUUAGUUUAUUCGAGAAUUCUUAGACUAAACAAAUAUCUUUGCAUUUUCGUAGCUUCGGCUGCAUCAAUAUAGCAAUUUGAAACUUUUAAGACACAAAUCAUUUGAGGAAUGCACCGUUAGCAACAAUGACUUGGCCAUUGAUCCACUCACCACCAUCACUAGCCAAGAAACCAACGACAGGAGCAAUGUCUCUGGUCUCACCAAGCCUACCAAAAGGGCUCCGUUCGAUGAUGCUCCUCACUGUUUCCUCACUCUUCCCGCUGAAAAACAUCUCAGUCGCGACAGGACCUGGAGAAACACAGUUUGCAGUGAUCCCUGAGCCUUUGAGUUCCUUGGCGAGAAUCUUCACCAUUGCUUCUACGGCUGCUUUAGAUGCUGUGUAAGCUCCUUGUCCCGGGAUUAGCGCCUCGGUUAAGGAAGAAGUCAGGAGUAUGAUCCGACCACCGCCUCCACGUUUUAGCCUCUUCGCAGCUUCUUUGCAGCACAAGAAUGAUCCUCUCGUGUUCACCCUGAACAAAACAACAGUUCAAGAUAGUCAUUGAUAUUCAGACAAUGUAAAAGAAACAAAGUUUGACCUGAAAAUGCGAUUGAAAUCAUCAAUGGGAGUGUUGGCGAUGGUGGGGUAGUUGGGGUCGACGAUCCCAGCCGAGUUAACCAGGAUGUGAACCGGCGAGUUGAAGGCUUUCUCCGCCGCGUCGAAGAGAGAUUCUACAUGGCUUGAGUCCCAGAUAUCGGCGCGGAACACGACGGCUACCGGUUCCGGACCAGCACCGGUGGAUGAGUUGAUUUCAGCGGCGACUUGGUCGGCGUCAGUGGAUCUGGUGGUGUAGUUGAUGACUACCUUUGCGCCGAGCUCGGCGAGGUGUAUGGCUAUGGCUCGGCCGAUGCCACGAGAUGAACCGGUGACUAUCGCGACUCGGCCGGCGAGGGAGUACGGCGGAGAAGAAGCUGCAGCCAUGAGGGCCAAUUAAAAUCAGUUGGACGACAACUGACUCAGUGUUUUUGGUUUUGACUGUGUUCUGUUUUGGGUCGAGAAUGUCUGCCACGUGGCUUCUUUUAGACUUUGUAUAUCUCAUGUUGUUUUUCUCUUGUCUGAAUGUUUGAUCAUAUAUUUGUGUAGAACCAACUAGAGUUUCUUUUUCUUUUUUGAUCAACAACCAACUAGAGUUUUCUUUCUUCAUCUCUUCUAUUAGAAUAAACUUUGUCAUGCUGCUAGGGAACAAGCACAUGCAGAGCAAAGGACUAGCCUGCGCUUGUGUCAGCGGCUGCAGCCGCAUCUCUCCUUGGCCCACCGUCCACCGCUUGUUUAGCCAUUAUAAUUUGCCAUAUACAAACACCAUAGCUAACCAUAUAUCCCAGAGAAUGUAUCUAUUCACUGUAAGCAUCAGGGUCAGUCUUUUUCUAUCUGCUUGUUGAGACCAACUAAAAUGGUCAAGAAGACUACAUUAUCUAUUAACGAUUGACAAAUAUUGCAUGCAGUGGCACAACUAUGAUCCAAGAAGGUUUGGUUUGUUUGUGCACCAAAAUGGAAGAUUCUCUGUUCUUUGACCACGUAGGAACAUGUAUCUUCCUCUGUUUUUGCAUAGUUAUCUAGCGACAUGACAAGGUUUUGGGACUCUAUAAACGCCAAUGUUUGACGUUCAAGCAUCGUCUAGUGGAGCUGGGACACUGGAGAAUUUGGUUUGGUUCAAGGAUUAGUUGUCUCAGAAUGUUUGAAGGGAUGAAAAAGUCAAUGUGUGAAUCUAACACGUAGUUUAAAGGUAACUCAGCUUAUUACAAAAGAACUAACAUGUAUUGUUAACAUCAAUGUUAUUUAAAUCAAAGCUCAAACAUCUUCUUCAACAGAUGAAACAAAGACGAUGAGCAAUUUUUUCUCAAAGAAGCAAAACUCCACACCAAUGACUUCCCUCAGAACAUCAGGUUAG